AUGAAGACGACGUGGAAGGACAUCCCCCCGGUGCCGACUCAGCAGGAGUUCCUCGACAUCGUGCUGAGCCGCACCCAGCGCAAGCUGCCCACCCAGAUCCGCGCCGGCUUCAAAAUCAGCAGAAUUCGAGCCUUCUACACCCGCAAGGUCAAGUUCACCCAGGAGACCUUCUCCGAGAAGCUGGGCGCCAUCCUCGAGACCUUCCCCCGUCUCCAGGACAUCCACCCUUUCCACAAGGACCUGCUCAACACCCUCUACGAUGCCGACCACUUCCGCAUCGCCCUCGGCCAGCUGUCGACCGCCAAGCACCUGAUCGAGACCAUCUCCCGCGACUACGUCCGCCUCCUCAAGUACGGCCAGUCGCUCUUCCAAUGCAAGCAGCUCAAGAAGGCCGGCCUGGGCCGCAUGGCCACCAUCGUCAAGCGCCUUAAAGACCCGCUGCUGUAUCUCGACCAGGUUCGCCAGCAUCUCGGCCGUCUGCCCUCCAUCGACCCCAACACCCGCACCCUGCUCAUCUGCGGCUACCCCAAUGUCGGCAAGUCGAGCUUCCUGCGCAGCAUCACCCGCGCCGACGUCGAUGUCCAGCCCUAUGCCUUCACAACCAAGUCCUUGUUCGUCGGCCACUUCGACUACAAGUACCUGCGCUUCCAGGCCAUCGAUACCCCCGGUAUCCUGGACCACCCUCUCGAGGAGAUGAACACCAUCGAGAUGCAGAGUAUCACUGCCAUUGCCCACUUGCGAUCAGCCAUCCUCUACUUCAUGGAUCUGUCCGAGCAGUGCGGCUACACGGUGCAGGCCCAGAUUCAGCUCUUCCGGAGUAUCAAGCCCCUUUUCUCCAACAAGCUCGUCUUCCUCGUCGUCAACAAGAUCGACGUCACCCGUCCCGAGGACCUGAGCCCCGACGUCCAGGCGGAGCUGCAAACUCUCCUCAAGUCCGGCGAGGUGGAGAUGCUCCAGCUCUCUUGCAACACGCAGGAGGGUGUCCAAGACGUCAAGAAUGCCGCCUGCGAGCGUCUCAUCGCCGACCGAGUCAACCAGAAGCUCAAGGCCGGCACGUCUAACAGCGGCGAGGUCGGCGGCCGUCUGGCCGACGUCAUGGCCCGCAUCCACGUCGCCCAGCCCAUGGGCGGCAAGACCCUCGAGACAUUCAUCCCGGAGGGCAUCAAGACGAUGAAGAAGUACAGCAAGGAGGACCCCGAGCGCCGGAGGCUGGCCAGGGAUGUCCAGGACGAGAACGGCGGCGCUGGUGUCUACAACGUCGAUAUGCGCGCCGACUACAUGCUCAAGAACGACGAGUGGAAGUACGACAAGAUCCCCGAGAUCUUCGACGGCCAGAACGUCUACGACUUCAUCGACCCGGAUAUCGAGGCCAAGCUCCAGGCGCUGGAAGAGGAGGAGGAGAAGCUCGAGCAAGAGGGCUACUACGACUCCGACGAGGAGAUUGACGAUGACGAGGAGGCCGAGGUCAUGCAAAAGGCCGAGAUUAUCCGCGAGAAGCAGGAGCUGAUCCGCAACGAGGCCCGCAUGAAGAAGAGGCUCAAGAACCAGGCCAUCAUCCCCCGCAAGGCCAUGAAGAAGAACUACUCGGAGCUCGAGGACGCCCUCGACCAGCUCGGCGUGGACACGACCAACCUGGCCGACCGCGCGCAGCCCCGGGCCCGCAGCCGCGGCCGCUCCAUGACGCGCAGCCGGCUGGGCACCGAGGACGGCAUGGACGUCGACUCCACGCCCCGCGACCGCGUGCGCUCCAUGAGCCGCGCCCCCACCACGAACCGCCGCGAGGACGGUGUCCAGGACGAGGCGUCGCGGACAAAGGCCGAGCGCCUGGCCAAGCUCCACCAGAAGAAGAGGAACCGCAUGGCCAGACAGGGCGAGGCCGACAGGCAUCAGACCGCCUCCAUCACCAAGCACUUGUUUUCUGGCAAGCGUGGCAUGGGCAAGACCCAGAGGCGAUAG